UGUCACGUGGGGGAAAAGUGGAGUCGUCCGGAGAAAAAGGAACCCCGAUCCAAAAGUCACAACGCCAGUAGAUGUGUUAUGUUGGUCGUCGGUGUAAGUGUGCUGAGGCGCACUGGGACAUUGGGCCCCGGCCGAAUGACAUGUCUCGAGUCAUUUAUGGAUUCGCACGAUCACUGGCAUGAUUGUGUUGCGGGAUCCAGAAUUGACAUCGCUUCAAGUUGUGCUCGCCCUGUCGCUGUUGCACGAUCAGGACGAUCAAGUUUGACAUACUGCAUCUUCUCUUUCUUCCCAAUGGCGGAUCGCAAUAUCUUGAGCAUCAAACCUCUCCAACAGGCAAUGCCAACCACAUGGCUCUUGGGCAGUGCAGUCAUUCACUGCCACCGCGCUGUUAUCGCUCCGCGCUGAUCUGUCUCCCGUCAACGAUGUCGCUGAAGGAGAAAGCCAACGCUCUCAGAUGGGAUGUUGAUCGCCUUCUUGCAGGAGGAGGUACUGACAUCGCCAUCCCAAUUCUCACAGCGAUCAAUGCUGCAUCCGAUGCAUUCCCUCCUCUAAAAGGUCCCACUGGCGCCGCCCUCUUCAUCUUCAGCGAGGUCCAAAAGUUCAAGUCGGAUAGGAAAGAAUGGAAGGAAUUCGGGAAAUAUGUGGUUGAUGCCGCAGCAAAAGUACUAAUGGCCACCGAGUCCUAUGACACUUCAACGGAAGAGGCAAAACCUUGGCUAGAGAACGUCAAUGAGCUGAACGACGCGCUAAAACAGAUUACAACCGAAAUCGAACCAAUCCUCGCAAAAAUGAAGAAACGGUCCAUUAUUACCAACUUCUUGUCAAACUUAGUACAUCCAGGAAGGAUUGACGACUUCACAAAAGUUCUCGACAAAGCGUUGGCUUCAUUCCAACUGAGAACUAGUCUAACGACUGGUGCUAAACUAACAGACAUGGCAAAUAACCAAAGCCGCGACUCAGUUCUGGGCGAACUACGAUAUCCGACCAUCGCCCACCAUGACCCGGCUGAGGGAUGCAUGGAGGGCACCCGAACAGAUCUUGUCGACCGUAUCAUGAGCUGGUGUCGCAACAUGGAGGACGACGCGAAGCGGGUGAUGCUACUGACAGCCGUAGCCGGCGCUGGCAAGACAUCCGUUGCCCAUUCAAUCGCGGCGAAGUGCAAGAGCGAAGGGUUACUGUUGUUGUCCUUUUUCUUCAAAGCAGGCGAGCAGUCGCGGCCAGAUCGCCUGUUCAGCGGCAUGGCUCGAUCUCUAGCAAAACGCGACCCCUCAUACUGUGCCUCCAUCAUAUCCAUUCUUAGGGACGAUCCAACCCUCGCGACUGCAUCUUUCCCAGUACAAUUCGAGAAGCUCGUGGCUGGACCUCUCCGUUGGAGGGCUUUCGGCGAUCCUGUGGUGGUAAUCGUUGACGCUUUGGAUGAGUGCGAGCCGCGAGACUUGGAACGCCUCGCCGAUAUACUUCGGAACGAAGUGCCAAAAUCACCAUCCAACAUCAAGUUCUUUGUCACAUCGAGACAAACUUACCUCGUGGAUCGUCUUCUUUCACCCAAUUUUCCUAUCGACCGAUUUGGCAUAGAUAUCUUGGAUAAUGCCAAUAAGCAAGACUGCUCUGUUUACAUCCGCGCGCAGCUGCGUUGUCUGAAGAAUGAUCAUUCGGGUCAGGGAGACGAAUUCGAAGAGGAUUUGUUGGUUCAAAACAUGUCGGAAAAGGCUGGUGGCUUGUUCAUCUGGAUCAGCACUGUCUUCCGUUAUGUGAGGCUGGCCAAGAAGCCGAGGAAAACGCUGGAUAGGCUGCUCAACCCAGGUGCCUCUCGAUCAACGGGUUCUCCUGAAGGAGUGAUGGGUACGCUGUAUACGACCAUUCUGGACAAAUGUGGUUGGGAUGAUGAAGAUUUCGUGCAUGACUACCCUAUCGUUAUGGGGGCGAUCCUGAUUGCUGAGCAACCGCUGUCUAUUGUGGCGUGGGAUGCAAUUUUGUCGCCCAUCCUAAACUCUUCCAUCCAUGACACGCUAGUUGAACUUUCUCCGCUCUUAUUAGGAGUCUCCCAUUCCAACACACCAAUCCGCAUCAUUCAUCAUCGUUCCAUGACCCUGCGCUUUACCGAGAUCUUGAAUAAGGAUCUUUGCUGUGUGGAGGGUUUGGGGCUGAUCGAAGAUCUUCCCAAAAAGGAUGAACUGCCGCGCAUCCGUCAAGAGAUGCUGUCGGAACAACUCCGUUACUCAUGUCGGUGUAUCGUGUACCACCUCGAUAAAGUUCUGGAACCACUAGAGGCGCUCAGCGGAUCGGUUCUCACAUUUCUGAAUCAGCAUAUAACACGCUGGGUGGAGGUCUGUGUGAGAACAGAAGGGUACAUCAGUGUAUCAUCAUUUCCCGAGUGGGCUAAGUUGGGCGUUGAUCGGAAUUCAGAGGAAGACAUUCACAAGUUGGUCCAAGUACUUGACAAAGUGAGACGGAAUCUGUCAUUCUUUUCAAGAUUCCAGGAGGCACAUGAGUUGGCAAAGGAUUCCGUAACCCUCUGCCGUUAUCUUGUAUUUGGCUCGAUCACUCAACGCUCUUACGUAUCAUUGGACAAUCUGGGACGUCACUCCGAGGCGCUCCCAGUGAUCGAAGAAUGUGUCAAGCUGCAGUGCGAGCUCGUUGCUGUUGAUCCGAUGUUAUACACCCCAGAUUUGGCUAGAUCACUCCACAAUCUUUAUGUGUCAUUGGGAAAUCUAGGACGUCAUUCCGAGGCACUCCCAGUGAUUGAAGAAAGUGUCAAGCUCUGGCGCGAGCUCAUUACUGUUCAUCCCACGUCAUACACUCCCCACUUGGCUCAAUCACUCAACAGUCUUAAGAUAUCAUUGGAAAAUCUGGGACGUUAUUCCGAGGCACUCCCAGUGAUCGAAGAAAGUGUCAAGCUCUGGCGUGAGCUCAUUGCUGUUCAUCCCACGUCAUACACCCCAAAUUUGGCCUUUUCACUCCACAAUCUUGAUGGAUCGCUCACUCGCCUGGGACGUCAUUCUGAUGCACUUGCAGUGAAUGAAGAAAGUGUGAAGCUCUGGCGUGAGCUGGUUGCUAUUCACCCAACAUCAUACACCCCAGAUUUGGCUCGGUCGCUCAACAGUCUUAUGAUAUCAUUGGACAAUCUAGGACAUCAUUCCGAGGCACUCCUGGCGAUUGAAGAAAGUGUCAAGCUCUGGCGUGAGCUCGUUGUUGUUCAUCCCACUUCAUACAACCCAGAUUUGGCUCGAUCGCUCAACAAUCUUAUGAUAUCAUUGGACAAUCUGGGACAUUACUCCGAGGCACUCCUGGUGAUCGAAGAAAGUGUCAAGCUCUGGCGCGAGCUCGUUGUUGUUCAUCCCACAUCAUACAACCCAAAUUUGGCUCGAUCGCUCCACAGUCUUAAUGAAUCAUUACGCAAAGUGGGACAUCAUUCCGAGGCACUUCUGGUGAUUGAAGAAAGUGUCAAGCUCUGGCGUGAGCUUGUUACUGUUCAUCCCACAUCAUACACUCCCAACUUGGCUCAAUCGCUCGAUGACCUUAAUAUAUCAUUGGUCAAUCUGGGACGUUAUUCUGAGGCACUCUCCACGAUCAAAGAAGGUGUCAAGCUCUGGCGUGAGCUUGUUGCUGUUCAUCCCACAUCAUACAACCCACAUUUGGCUGAAUCACUCCACAUUCUUGCUCUUUCAUUCGAUUACCUUGAUUGCCCUGCCAAAGCAGCACCUUUCAUCGAAGAAUCCAUUUCACUUUGGCGUUCUAUACACAUUACUCAUCCGAUCCCAUAUGCCGCUGAUUUAGCCUGGGCAUUGCGGGAUCUAUCCAGGAUACUUUCACGCCUGGGGCACUAUGCAGAAGCAUUUGAUGUGGGUGAAGAGGCAAUAUUAUACUCUCAUCAGCUCCGUUCUGAAUACCCUGACAUCUAUGCAAAUUAUCUUCGGCAGUUAUAUGCCAAUAUGGCUGCUCCAUUGGAAGCUCUUGGAAGGGGUCAUGAGUUAGCAGACAUACGCACUCUCAUGCAAAAUCUAUGAUGAAAGGCGGAACAUACCCUCUAUGCAACAGAGUCUAGCUACAGGUCUGCACCACAGCGAACACGAAUCUGUUCCUCGUAUUCUUUCGUUUACCUCUGUCCGAUUUAUCAAAGCAGCCAGGUGUUCCAACUCUAUCGGGAUGACAGAAAAGUAGGAAGUAGAUAA